AAAUCCAUUCUGUCCCAUAAACACACUCGCCACAGCCAGACAUACAAAACCCGUUUUUGUUACCUCGUUCGUUUGAUUGUUUUUCGUUGAACCUCAUAUGUCAUGCAGUACAGAGACGAAGUGCCGCAUCCCGGCGAGAUGAGGGUCUAUUUGUUCCGGAAGCUUCUGGCCUCCCCCAACCACUUGCAGCGCGAAGUGUGCGAGGAGGCGAUCGGCGAGGUGCUGGAUCAGGUCCUCAGUGGACGCACCAGCACAAUCUUCUGCUGCAGCGCGAUGCCUAGGGAGCUCGGAGGGGAUCCAGCUGACAUGGUCACCCGCAUCCUGGUCGAACUCUUCACCAGCAUCUACUCGUUGGAGACGAACCUGGAGGUGCACGUUUCGGUGCGGUAUGUCCAGCUCAGCGGAGAGUCGGACGACCUGGUGGUCAACCUCAGGGGAGGCAAUCGCCGGGCGACCCGAGAUCACUUUGUGGCCACUGCCCGUGAGGUGCUUACCUACAUGGAGAGGGUCAUGGUCAGAGUGGGAGUGGCCGGCGAUUGUCCGCACCUGAUCUUCACCAUCCAUGUGCGGCAGGCGAACAACGAGCAGUUGCGGAAAUGUUGCGGAAGGCUUCAAAUUGUCUACCUGAAGCUUCUGGCGGAGGAUUCGUCGCCCCUUGAAUCGGAGACGCCCCUGGACACGCUGGUGAAUCUGUUCCAGGCCCUAGCCAGCAAUCCAAAGACCCACAUAAGGUACCAUAAUAUACGACUGACUAGGCUUUUAAAGCAAAUAAUGGGCAGCGAAGGCAGAACAGUGGUAAUCAACUACGCAGAUCCCCCGGAGAAGAGGGACCACCUAGUGGCCCCCGCACCCACUUCCUCUCCGAAUCCCAAUGACAGUCUGCCAGCCGAAGUCUGGAGGGAAAUGUUUAGGCAGGAGCGAAAAAGGUACCUCUGUCUGAGGGAGAAGGUUCUGGAAAUGGUGGAGCAAAAAGAGGAGCUGGAAAGGUUUCUGGAGAGCCUGGAGAUGGAUGGCAAUCCGGGAGAGGAAAGAAUGAGCUCAGAAGGAGACUUCUGCCAGGAGACGGAGCAGAGCCUCAUGCAGCAGAAGCUGCUGCGGAUUCGCAAAGAGGCCGAGAUGUCCAUCGAAAAGCUGCAGGAUCUGCAGGGGGACAUAGAUAAUAUCACCGAGAAUAACAAUCACUUGGAGGAGCAGCUUGGCCAAAAGAACAGCCAGCUGGACAGGCAGAGCUAUCUUCUGCGAUCCAUUCACAUGGAGCUUAUAGAGCAGAAGCGAAAGUUCCAGGACAAGCUGGCCGAGUACGCCGACUUAUUCCAGGGCAUGUGGCAACAGCAGAGUGUGGACAUCCAACGGCAGGAGCAAGUGCAGCGGCAUCAGUUGUCCGAAAUGUUGGAGACCAUCUGCCAGGCGAUGCAUCGUUGGUGCCAGGGCAAAGCAGCCCUGAUGCAGGAGGAGCAUGAAGGGUUAGAGUCGCAUAGCCCGGUGGAAGACCCCAGACUCUAGGGUUUUGCAUUCGGCUCCAAGUGAAGAGGCCACGAAUCACCCGCUUAAAGGUCAGCCAGUCCGUCGACUGCUUCAGGUUUUUUUCCAGAUCCGAAGCCAAAGCCAUCCGACCAUCCGGACCAGUCACGAACCAUUCGGAGCCAUCUCACACAUUCCCCAGCGCAUCUGGCUGUGCCACUUUGCCAUUUAGCUGGCGCGACGGAACCGAAGCGAUAACUGUCGGCGAGUUCGUUGCCUAAGUCUUUCGUUUUGCCCGCCAGUUUAGGGCUGUGAAACCGGGAAGGACGGCUGGGAUGGAGUUUAGGUGGAUGGGUUCCCUGGCCUAACCAAUUAGUACUAUCACAUUUCGAAUUUCUAUUUUUCCAAAUUCUAGAUUGACUAAGUUUAAGAUGCUUCCCAUCCGGAAAGCGUUGUAAAAAAAACGGAAAUGCAUCUAUGAGUAUAUUCAAAUUAUACAGCUAUAGAAAUGUAUAUUUAGGUCAUUAAAACUCCUCCAAAAGAAGCUUUCCUGUAGUUUAUC